AUGGAAUGCUGGGAAAAUAUCACCAAUGAACAGUUGAUGACAAACCAAUUUAGGGCUUAUGUAUCACCGAUACUUGGGUUUAUUGGUGUGCCAGCAAACAUCCUAACUUUCGUCGUGUUCUAUGUGAUGAAUAAACGGAAUCCAUGCCGUUUUAACUACUAUGCCAUGGCCUUAAUGGUGAUCUACAACGUGCAGCUUAUCACUAACGCACUGUUAGAUGAUUUUGUUGGACGGGGCCUCUCCUGGAUCACAGAAUGUCGGAUAGACGUGCAGCCAGACACACUAUCGUCUUUCAGCUGUAAAACCACUACUUUUUUCACAGAAUGCUCAGCACUCACAAGGGCUUUUGUUCUCAUAGUCUUCAGUGUGGAUCGCGUCUACGCAGUGUACAAUACGGUAUCUCCACAAUCUGGAAUAUGGUGGACUCGGAUAGGGAUAAUCAUCUGCUCUGUUAUCUGUAUGGUCAUGAACAUCCCACAGCUUAUUUAUGUUGACCGGGUUAGUCAGGACGACGGGACCUAUACGUGCCGUUAUUUGAAUCCACUUGCUAGAGGAGUACAGUAUGUUCUUUAUUUGUAUAUUGUUGGAGCCACACUGGUCCCAUCUGUGCUAGUUUUUAUUACCAGCUUGUGCAUCUUGGUGCGGAUGAAAACAGUCAUCGACCGGAGUAAAAUUAGAGGAGACUUUGACAAGGCAUCCGCUGUGGAAUUUGGAAAAGUAAUAACACAUCUGGUUAUCAGUAUACUGUUUACUUCAAUAUCGUUUCCACUUGUGGUGGCAAUUGUUCUACGACAACAGGUAUACAUUUUGGGAUAUGACAACACAAAUCCUGAGUAUGCUACUCGCAUUGUGGAACUAUCCAAACUGUGCAGUUCGAUUGAUACAAUCAACUAUGCAUGCGAGUUCUUUAUCUAUGUGGCAUUUAUGCCCGAAUUUCGGGAGACUCUAAUGGAAUUAUUCACUUGCAAAACUUGCAACUUCAAGUGGAAAUGGAAAAAUGUGGUGGACCGCACAUGGUCCACAACAGAUUUCAGUUCAGUAAACUUGUCGAAUGAAGCCACAGCUGCCAAGGCGGAAGGGGUGAUAAUCACCCGUCUGUGA